GAUUUCGUGAUAUUUUUGAAGAAUUUUAGGUAAAAAGGGAAGAAAUUGUGUCGUGGAGGCUUGCGGAAGCGAGUAUUAUGCUGAUUGUGGGUCACAACAUAGUCACCAUCGCCAGAAAGGAAUAAAAGGGACAGUUAUUGAGUCUCGCUUGGCUUCGAUUUUGCGACAAGAGCUCAUUCCUGUUCUAGUUAGUUUCUAGUUCCACGGUCGCAACAAAGCCAAUCUGUCAUUUUCGAGGAAUGACCUAUCCAUUCUUUAGAGAUCAGUGUGAGUCAUAGACUUCAAAUUGUCAUAUGUUUUAUUUAUGUAGGUUACUCUUUAGUUUAUGGUUUGAUUGGGUGUUGAAGUGUUUGUUGAGUGUUGAUUUCAAGAACGGUGGCCGCGGAAUGCUGUUUAUUAUUAUUAAUUUCUAAUUUGUGUUUAAAUCCAACGUGACAUCAAUAAGAUGGCGCCAAUGCGUGGCGAGCGCGGCGGGUCGCCGGCUCGAGCCGCGCGCGCCUCCCUGCCCCUGCCGCGCCGGCUGAUCCGGCAGAUAGCGCGCCAUGUUGCAUCCAGCGGCCGCUCGUUGCGCCGCCUUGAGGUCUCCGGCAAGGUCAUAGACAACUUCGACGACAUCGACGGACACUCGGAUGACUCCGAUAUGGAAACCCCGCAGCCAGCAGUGGCAUGCGGCAACGCUGGAAAUCUGCCACCCGCGGACCAUGAUGACGACCUCACCAGUCUUAGCUGGCUACAGGACAGGAAUCUACUCAGAGGAAUCAACCUCAGCAAAAAUGACUUGGAGGAUCCGAAUAUGACAAGUCAAGUAAAGAUACGACACUUCCCGUACUUCAAGCACGCGCCGCAGGGCUGGAAGAACAGCGUGCGGCACAACCUCUCCCUCAACAAAUGCUUCCAUAAGGUGGCGGCCGCGCCGGGGCUGGGCAAAGGGUCACUAUGGACAGUGGAUCCGCAGCACCGCUCUACUUUACUACAGGUAACAUAAUAUUAUUAACUUUAAAGU